AAAUAAAAAAAUGAAAAAGAGGAUAAGCUAACUAAUGAAACCUGCACCCAUAUCCUCUUCCGAUCGAUCUGUUUCUCCACCAAAUCUUUCAUGGAGACAUUGAAUCAAACCCUCACCACCUUCAGAUCACCAUCUGUAGUAUCCGCUAACCGAUUGAAUCCACCAUGCCUUCAUUCUCCUCCUCCGGUGCUCCGUCAACGCCCGCGCAACCACACAUUCUUCAUCAAAGCCUCAGUUUCUGCCGUUGAACAACAGUCGCAGAAGAAGGUCGCUCUCAUCAGAAUUGGCACUAGAGGAAGUCCAUUAGCUCUGGCACAAGCUUACGAGACGCGCGAUAAACUCAUUGCUUCAAGUAGCGAGCUGGCAGAAGAGGGCGCCAUCGAAAUUGUGGUGAUUAAAACGACAGGUGACAAAAUCUUGAGUCAACCUCUUGCAGAUAUCGGUGGCAAGGGUUUGUUCACUAAAGAAAUAGAUGAAGCUCUUUUGAAUAGUGAAAUCGACAUUGCUGUUCAUUCAAUGAAAGAUGUUCCUACGUAUCUGCCUGAAAAGACAAUUUUGCCCUGCAAUCUUCCGCGUGAGGAUGUUCGUGAUGCGUUUAUUUCCUUGAACGCAACUUCAUUAGCUGAUCUUCCAGCUGGAAGUGUUGUUGGCACCGCAUCACUCAGAAGAAAGUCUCAACUGCUUAACCGAUAUCCAUCACUCUCUGUGUUGGAAAAUUUUAGAGGCAAUGUGCAGACUAGAUUAAAGAAACUAAAUGACGGUGUUGUUGUAGCAACGUUAUUAGCAUUAGCUGGACUAAAACGGUUAAACAUGACUGAACAUGUGUCUUCCAUUCUUCCUAUUAAUGACAUGCUUCCUGCUGUUGCACAAGGUGCGAUUGGAAUUGCGUGUCGAGAAGGUGAUGAUAAGAUGGCUAAUUACAUAGCAAAGCUGAACCAUGAAGAGACAAGAUUAGCGGUUGCAUGUGAACGGGCAUUUCUAUUAACACUUGACGGAUCUUGUAGGACACCCAUAGCGGGAUACGCUUGUAAAGACGAAGAUGGCAAUUGCCUCUUCAGAGGAUUGGUGGCCUCGCCUGAUGGAACGAAAGUUUUGGAAACUUCUAGAAAGGGAUCGUAUGCUUAUGAAGAUAUGAUUCUGAUGGGGAAAGAUGCUGGUGAGGAACUACUCUCGCGUGCGGGUCCUGGUUUUUUUGAUAGUUGAGGUCUUUGAAUUCGGAUUGUGUCUGGCUAGCUUCUGGUGAGAUGUUUUGAUUUGUUGUAUCAUUUGUGUAGUUUAAGAAUAGAAUUUGAUUUGUCCCGUGUAAUGUAGAUUUGUUGCGUCAUUCGGGUAAUUUAAGAGAACUUCUAGAUAAGUUUUUAAGAUUUGCUG